UUGUUAUUUCCCUCUUGUAUUGUAGUUUCUUCUUGGUGUUUGGGCCAAAGAUCUGAACAGCCGAGAGGACCACGUGAAGCGAGGUGUUCAGGGCAAGCUGGCCAGUGCAACUCACUCACAGACCGAGUCUUACCUCAAACCUCUCUUCAGGAAGCUCAAGAAGAAGAGUUUACCAGCUGACAUCAAAGAGUCCAUCACAGACAUCAUUAAAUUCAUGUUGGAGAGAGAAUAUGUCAAGGCAAAUGAUGCCUACCUGCAGAUGGCCAUUGGUAAUGCACCCUGGCCUAUUGGUGUGACCAUGGUGGGUAUCCAUGCUCGUACUGGACGAGAAAAGAUCUUCUCCAAGCAUGUGGCUCACGUUCUCAAUGAUGAGACACAGAGGAAAUACAUCCAGGUAAGACCCUGAGAUCAUCGCUUUCAGAUAGUGUCUAAAUCUCUCUUAGGUUGGAUUUCAAGUAUUUCAGGUCAACUGAUAACAUUGGAUGUCCUCGAAUAUGAUCUGGUGUUUACAUGUGCCAAUGCAUGUAAACAGUACAACUGUGUGACAUGCACAAAAAUUACAAAUAUAGUAACUUGGCAGAGCUGCCAGCUCCUGCAUUGACCAUGAAACACACACCACUGACACUUUUCACACACUCUUCUGCCACAAGUGCAUUUUCUCGCAGUGAAAAAUAACGGAUAACUUCGGCAGCACAGUUAUUUGUCAUCUGUUUAGCGCAGUAUUUGCUGUUGUUUUGAUACUCUUAUUCAAGCAUCAAGCAACCGCGUUGAUACAAAACUCUCCGCUGUACUUCACUUCUGCUCGGAAGUCACCAUUUUACAGAAGUGGACGUCAAACAUGUAUGUUGUCACAUCCACUUAUGUGACAACAUAUGCAUGCGCAGAAAGAACGCGGCUCGAGAUAAGUCAGCUUGAUUGUUCACAUGAUACACAUUUUCUUUUGAGCAGUUUAUAAAAAGGUUUAAACUACCCCUUUGCAACUGAUUGAAUUUUGAAUCAGUUCGGGCCUGUUUAAACUGACUGAGGUGUUUAUAGGAAUCAUGUUUAAUCUGUUUGGACUUUUAAACUUAUUCUACUCAGAUUAGUAGGCUUCAUGUAAACAUGCCUAGUGACCCCUAAGAUCAAAUACAAAAUAAUAAUAAUAAUAAUAAUAAUAACGGUCAGGAUAAUAGCAACAUUAUCCUGUCAGUGAAGGUUUGUGUCUUAUUCAUCUUUGCUGUGUCCUCUUGAUCUAUUCAUUUACAAGUUCAGUUGGGCGGGAUUUUAAAAUCAGACCCACUAUUUUCAGCAGUUAACCUUUUUCCUCUCGGAGCUUUCAUUCAUUACAGAUUUUAAACAAAAAGCAAAUGAAUGUGGGAAAAAAUGUGUAUCGCUUAACUUUUGAAAUACAAAAGUGACAGUCACAUAUCUGGAGACAUAAAAACUCCAGAAACAGAAUAAAAAAUAGCUAUGAAUGCACAGAACCAAGUGGCAAAACCAAUAACACACCCCAUCUGUGUGUUUGUAACAGUGUCUCCCUCUCUCCUUUUGCCCUCUACCUUCCACACACAAAGACACAAACACACACACACACACACACACACACACACACACGCGCGCCUCAUGAUGUUUUCCAUCAAAGACAAGGAAAGUGUUUAGGAACCACAGGACCUUUUUUUGACUAGUUGACCCAAGCACAGAUAAUUUAAGAAGCUACUAAGCUCGAUCAGAACUGUGUCACAUGAGAAAACAGAUUUGCAAAAGAUAGGCUUGAUGGCGUCGCUAUACAGAUCUGUAUGUGAAAUGCGCAUGUGCAGCUCAACAGAGAUGAGAAGGAAGCGAGUUCUCACUCUUAAGCUACUUCCAGACACCAUAUGUAGUUUACAUAUUCUGUACCGGCAUACAAGAUCUAUGUAUACUGGUCCACUUGGAUGUUGCUUCUGGGCUGGAUGUUGCCUGGGAACUGCCAACUGAAUAGACCUGCUGUAGAUUAAACCCACGUCUGGUUGGAUGUCAUGUGCCAACAAUUUACAGGUAAACUAAAUACCGUAUUCAGGCUUAUUUUUCAUUAUUAAAUAGAAUAAUGUUUUAUUUGUUGUUAUGAUUACUUAAGUAUGUGUGCAUAUUUAAACUUAACAUUUUUGUGCUUUCUGUGUAAGUACGUCAUUACUAAGAUCAGAAAGAUCCAUAUUGACUCUUCAUAUAAACAUACAGUAACAUUAUUUGUAUGACCAGCAUUUACGAGGGACAUUUCCUUUGUAUGUAAACAGUAAAUAUUUUGCGUAUAGGCUAUGCAAAGUUUGCUGCAUUAUUCUUCUCAUUGUACUCCUGUUGUGUGUUAAUAAUGCGUAAUAAUGUGUCUGCUGAGGUUUUGUAGUGGAGGGCAGUGUUUAGGUUAUUUGCCUUGUUCUAUACAGUAGUAACUAGAAGUUGUCACGUUAUAUCAACAUUUA